AUGGGCGAUGUAAAUAGUAUACAUGUUGGCGUUAACACUGAUUUUAACAUGACCUCGAUUUUCGCAAAGAAAGUGGUUUAUCCGAUGGAGCCGGAUGACGUGUGGCAGAUGAGGGUUGACUAUAACGGGAGCAGCAAGGAGAUGCUGAUUCGGUGGUACAAACCCCCUGUUGUGAAGGGCAGCACGAGGCUCAGUUUUGACCUGUGUGCUGCUCUGACCAAUGUGACACAGACCACUCAAAGCAGCAGUGGCAGCGGCAGCGGCAGCAACAGCAGUAGCAGCGGCAGCAGCAGCCCCACGGACCUAUGGUCGCCAUCCUUUGGGCAGCUAGUCGUUGGGUUCACCAGCGCUGCUCUCCCUCCCCCCCCUGGCCGCAUGCCUUCCCCCGUUGCCCUCUCCUCCUGGACCUUCCGAUUCACAGACACUGACUUCUGCAACCACUCUCCCGUGCUCCCCUGCGGCAUGGGCACAUGCUCUAAGGCGCGGUCCCCAUGGGACGCCUCUGUCCUGCUGCCCUCCUGCAAGUGCGCCUUGAAGCUCCCCUCCUUCGAGCCCACUCACCUCACUGGCCUGCCCUCCUGCUUCCCUGAGGCCUACACGUGUCGCCAGCUCUACAGCAACCCAUGCGCCCCAGGAGUGUGUAUAGAUGGUGUGGAUGGCUCCUACUCCUGCCUCUGCCCCUUGCCCUACUUCCCCUUCGCCUUUUCUCCCAAGGGCACUGCCAGUUGCUCCCUGGUUCAAGCGGGUGGCACUCGAAUGCCAACCUUCCUGUCCCAGUUUGGUCUCACAUGCCCCCUAAUACUAAACACUUUCGGUUUGACACAGACCCAGUUUUUUAGUGAAAACAAGGGCUUCCAAUGUCGAGCUCCCAUUCCUGCCGACACCCUGGUCAACGUCACCAGUCGUGCUUUCUCCAAAUGUACAGCAAUGUACACUGUUAAUUAUGGCGACACCUGUGACUCCAUCAACGCGCUCUUCAACACGCAGAUAGAGCCGCUCAACCCCGCGCUCAGCUGCUCCGAUGGGCCGAGGCACGGGCAGUUACUCUGCGUGGCGUUUGACCAAGAGUGGUACGACCAAGGAAACACUAACGUAAAGUGCAACCACUACGCACGCAUCACUCCAGCCACACCCUCCAGCAGCCUGCAGCAGACAGCCCCAUACACAGUCGAGAGCGUGCUCAUAAGCGAGCUUGAGAGCCCACAGACCUGCCAGGGGCUGUGGCAGGCCUUCAGCCUCGCCUCUCCCACGCGCUUCUUCCAGCUCAACCCCGGCCUUCCGUGCGACUCGCUGCUGCCUGACAGCCCGCUUCAAGGGAACUUUGUGACUGAGUCGACUCAAGUCACCCCUCCCACGCGCUUCUUUCAGCUGAACCCCGCCUUUCCGUGCGACUCGCUGCUGCCCGACAGCCCGCUGCAGGGCAACACUGUGACUCAGGUGGGUGGGAAGCUGUUACCAGGUGGGUGGGAGUGA